AUGUCUAGCUCUCUCGAUCAAUUGAAGGCCGCUGGCACCACGGUUGUGUGCGACUCCGGCGACUUCGCCACCAUCGACAAGUACAAGCCGCAAGAUGCGACGACGAACCCGUCCCUAAUCCUCGCCGCCUCCAAGAAACCUGAGUACGCGAAGCUGAUCGAUGCCGCCGUUGAGUAUGGCAAGGAGCACGGCAGCAGCAUCGAUGAGCAGGUUGAUGCCUCGUUGGACAACCUCCUCGUGCAGUUCGGCUCCGAGAUCUUGAAGAAAGUGCCCGGAAAGGUGUCGACGGAGGUUGACGCGAGGUUCUCGUUCGACACAGAGGCGUCAGUGAACAAGGCCCUUCGCAUCAUCGAGCUCUACAAGGAGGUCGGUAUCUCCAAGGACCGCAUCCUCAUCAAGAUUGCCUCGACAUGGGAGGGCAUCAAGGCCGCCGAGAUCCUCCAAUCCAAGCACGGCAUCAACUGCAACCUGACGCUCAUGUUUUCGCUGGUCCAGGCUAUCGCCGCUGCUGAGGCUGGCGCGUUCCUCAUCUCUCCCUUCGUCGGCCGUAUCCUUGAUUGGUACAAAGCCGCGACCAAGAAGGAGUACUCGGCCGCCGAGGACCCAGGCGUCAAGAGCGUCCAGGCCAUCUUCAACUACUAUAAGAAGUACAGCUACAAGACCAUUGUCAUGGGUGCUUCUUUCAGGAGCGUUGGUGAAGUCACUGAGCUGGCAGGUUGCGACUACUUGACGAUUGCGCCAAAUCUCCUUGAGAGCCUUUACAACUCGACCGACCCCGUCCCACAAAAACUCGACGCAUCACAAGCAUCUUCCCUCGACAUCGAGAAGAAGAGCUACAUCAGCAACGAAGCCGACUUCCGCUUCGACUUCAACGAAGAGCAAAUGGCCGUCGAGAAGCUGCGCGAAGGAAUCUCAAAAUUCGCCGCCGAUGCCGUGACGCUCAAGGAUAUCAUCCGCAAGAAGAUCGAGGCGUAGACGGUGGACGGAGGCGGUGGGCAGUGGGGCUCCGACAUCGGUGAUUGGUUGAGAACGAGGGGGGUUGAUAGAUGAUUAUCACGGUUUAACUUAGCAUAAGGCGCCUUUUUCUCUUCUCUGUUCUCUGUUGCUGAGACUGGAAUUAGAGCUGGAACUAGAUUCGGAGGGCUGUAGUUAAUCAGUUAACGAAAAUUGCCGUGGGUGGUG